CUACGAUGUUUGAACGUGAUAUUUGCAAACACCAUUCUUGUCUUCGACACAGUUCGCUAGAAAGCGUCGAUUCAGUAGAUCUAUUGCCGCCAUUGAUAUUCGUGCCGAGCUAUGCAUCGUCCGUUCUUAAGCAGAGUGCCAGCAUUGAUGGCAUUGGCUUGCCUUGCACAGUUAUUUCAGCUACCAUUAAGCUUUUCGCAAUUGUCAAAGCCAAAUAUUGUCUUUAUUUUGGCUGAUGAUUUGGGAUGGAAUGAUGUUAGCUACCAUGGAUCAGAUGAAAUACCAACGCCCAAUAUUGAUGCUUUAGCGUACAAUGGGAUUAUAUUAAACAACAUGUAUGCACAGCCAGUGUGCACACCGUCACGAGCUGCAUUAAUGACAGGAAAAUAUCCAAUAAAAUUAGGUAUGCAAGGACCACCAAUUUAUGGUGCUGAGCCGAAUGGAUUACCACUCUCGGAAAAAUUGUUGCCUGAGUAUUUGAAAGAUUUGGGGUACACCACUCGAGCAGUAGGGAAAUGGCAUUUGGGAUUUUAUCAACUUCCAUACACGCCAACUCGUAGAGGUUUUGAUUCCCAUUUUGGGUACUAUACUGGAUACGUUAGUUAUUACGAUUAUAUGCUACAAGAUGUUUAUCAAAAUAUUGGUGAGUUUAAUGGAUUUGAUUUAAGGCGAAAUGAUUCUUUUGCGUGGGAUGUAGUCGGCAAGUAUGCAACUGAUGUAUUUACGGACGAAGCAGUACGUUUAAUCAAAGAACAGCCGUCAAAUAAACCAUUGUUUUUGUACUUAGCACACGUAGCUGUCCAUACAGGAAAUCAUGGAAAGAAUCUAGAAGCUCCGCAAUCUGAAAUAAAAAAAUUCAGCCAUAUUGCCGAUCCUAAUAGACGGACUUAUGCGGCAAUGGUUUCGAAAAUGGACGAAUCUGUUGGGCGAGUGGUGCAAGCGUUGAGUGAAAAAAACAUGCUAUACAACACAAUAAUCGUUUUCAUGUCAGAUAAUGGAUCACCAACUUUUGACGAUUCAGGUAGAAAUUUUCCUGCAGCCUCAGGUGUAUCUGAAAACUGGGGAUCUAAUUAUCCUUUCAGAGGAACAAAAAACACGUUGUGGGAAGGUGGUACUAAGGUUCCAGCACUUAUUUGGACUUCGCAGUUUCAACAAAAUCCAAGAGUGUCUCAACAACUAAUUCAUAUAUCGGAUUGGUUACCAACACUAUAUUCAGCUGCAGGUGGACAUACAGGAUUUUUACCAAAAGAUUUGGAUGGACUGGACCAAUGGACAUCUUUGACAUUAAAUUUACCAUCACAACGAAAAUAUGUGCUGCUAAACAUAGACGAGAAAAAACGGUAUGCCGCAAUUAGAAAGGACAAUUGGAAACUUAUUGUUGGUUCGACAGCCAAUGGUUCCGUUGACGGCUUUUACGGAAUUACUAAAGCACGUAUAGCCUAUAAUGUUUCAGCUGUGAUAGAAAGCAGGGCUGGCAGAGUUUUGUCGAGUUUGUCUGAUAGUCUGUAUUUACUAAAACCCAAUAUUAGAGAUAUUUUAGCUACGCGAUUAGAGGCGACGGUCAGAUGUAUUCCUCAACAAGGACCUAGAGCCAGAUCACCGUGUUCUCAAGGUGAAGCUUGUCUGUUUGACAUGGAGUCUGAUCCUUGCGAAACAAUAAACUUGGCCAAAAAGUACCUGACUGUGAGCUCGCAGCUAUACGAGGUACUCAAAUAUUACCGGAGACAGUUGGUCACUCAGACUAAUCAACCAAUCGACGUGAACGCAAACCCUGUCAGAUUUAACCACACUUGGUCAACAUGGAUGUACUGAUUUCAUCGUUAGUCAGUGAUUAUACCACGCCAUUUCAUUGUGCCUAGUAUGAACAUUUUCCAAAAAAUAAUCGCAUUAAAAAUGUUCACGGAUUUGUAGGCAUUGAUAGGCAAACAUUUUCCUAAUUGGUAAUUUGACAUAAUUGUAUAAUCAACUCUUUGGCGUGUCUUUAAAAGUACAAAAAUGUUAUAAUGCAAAGUUAAUAAUGAUAAGUUUACAGUUAGUAUUUAGAGUUAUAAGGGAAGGGUGAAUUUACAAAACGCAAUAUUAUAAUUUCCCAACUUCAUUGAAACUCCUAAUUAAAAGUUAAAAUUCUAAAAAUUAUUAUGUUAAACGUAAAGCAGGUUUAAAUUUUGAAAUAGUUUUUCAAGUGAAAUUACUUUACAGAGGGUCAAAAAAAAAAAGAUUAUGACGCAUCACGGUGGGCCA